CAGGCGCUCAGAGAUGCGGCUGCGGUUGGCGGCGGCCGGGCCCGCGGCGCUCAAGGUGCUGGCGGCUGCCGGAACUGUCUCCGCCCCGGUGCAGGUCGAAUGGGGAGGCCUCUCAGAGCGGCCGCCGGCCCCGGCGCUCCCCCCGUGGGCUCCCACCCUGGAGCUGGACAGCGGCGCCGUUCUCUUCUCCCCCAAUGCUAUCUGCCAGUUCUUCUUCCUGGCCCGCGGGGAGGAACCGACCGACCUCAGCAACCAGUGGCUGGAGUGGGAGGCCACCGAGCUGCAGCCGGCGGCCUCGGCCGCCCUCUACGCGCAGCUGGUGAGCGGCAGGAAGGGGCCGGAGGCCGCGGGGGCCCUGGGCAAGCUGCUGGAGCACCUGGAGCACAGCCUGGCCAGGAGGGGAACUGCCUACCUUGCCGGGGAGUGCAGGUCUGUGGCCGAUGUGGUGGUCUGGGGCUCCCUGUUCCUGCUGCUCCAGGAGGAAGGCAGCCUGCCAGGGGAGCUGCAGGCUCUGAGGAGCUGGUUCCAGAGCAUGUCUGGGUCGGAGGCCUGCAGGAGGGCUGCAGCCUCGGUGCUGGAGCCCAAGGUGCUGCAGGAGUUCAGAGCCUGCCUGCAGAAGCAGCCUCCCCCCUGCCCUGCCACGGAGGCAGCCAGCAGCAGGCAGCCUGAGGAGCCGGAGGAGGAAGGUUCAGAGCCAGCCCUGAGCGAGGAGGAGAUUGCAGCAGCAGUGGAAGCCUGGAACCAGGGCCCCGAGGCUCUGCCCCAGCCCUGGGACCCUCCCAAGCCUGUGCUGCCGGUGCAGGGCCGGCGCAACGUGCUGAUCACCAGCGCCCUGCCCUACGUCAACAACGUUCCGCACCUGGGCAACCUCAUCGGCUGCGUGCUCAGCGCCGACACCUUCGCCAGGUACUGCCGGCUGCGCGGCUGGAACACGCUGUUCGUGUGCGGCACGGACGAGUACGGCACCGCCACCGAGAGCAGGGCCCUGCAGGAGGGGCUCAGCCCGCGGCAGCUCUGCGACAAGUACCACGGCCUGCACGCCGACAUCUACCGCUGGUUCCACAUCUCCUUCGACUACUUUGGCCGCACCACCACCCCCCAGCAGACACAGAUCGCUCAGGACAUCUUCCAGCGGCUGCUGGCCAGGGGCUGCCUGCAGGAGCAGCGAGUGGAGCAGCUGCGCUGCGAGGGCUGCCGGCGCUUCCUGGCCGACCGCUUCGUGGAGGGCUGCUGCCCCUCCUGCGCCUACCCCGAGGCCAGGGGCGACCAAUGCGACCGCUGCGGCAAGCUGAUCAACGCCGUGGAGCUCAAGGAGCCGCGCUGCAAGCUCUGCAGGGCAGUCCCCGUGGUCAGCCCCAGCCAGCAUCUGUUCCUCGACCUGCCCAAGCUGCAGGGCCGCCUGGAGGCCUGGCUGGGGCAGGCCUGGGCCGGGGGCCGCUGGACGCCCAACGCGGAGCAGAUCACCCGCG